AUGGCGGAGAUCGCUAGCGACCGCGCAGUCGACCCCGACGCGCAGGCUGCUGUGACAGACUUUCUCGACUAUACUGAAUAUCUCCCUUCCGAUCUCAUUCGCUCUCUGACUCUCAUCCGCGGCCUCGAUGACACUUAUCUUCACAGUUCUCUACUACUCCAUGACCUUACCAAGCUCUAUGGCUCUCUCCCGACCCUCGCGCCCCCUCUCCGCCCGAAUGCUCAAGAACUCCGCGCACAAAUAUCCACCAGUCUGGAUCAAGCUCUGAACGCCCGGGAAUCCUCAUAUGCAGAGGCCUGCCGACUAUUUGACGUCGUGGACCGACAUCAGAACAGAUUGAAGAGUAUCAUCGCCAAAUUAAAUGCCAUACCAAAGCCUCCAUCGCGGGAUCCAACUCCUCAACCGACACCCUCUACCCAAGUCAAACGGUCCCGGAGCGGGAGAAAGAUUGAGACCGGCGGCGCGUCGACGAGGCUGACUCUACAUCCUCCUCGUGGGAGUGCGGUGGCCUCCGCAAUCCUCAAAAGACCUCGCGGCCGUCGCGUCACUGUCCCAGGAGAUGUCAUGCCACCGUACGAUCCCGACUCGCCCAUUGCGAGUACAGAAGUCUCGGAUUGGGAAUCCCCACCACCCUCACCUCCGCGCCCAGUUCUGAAGCUCAAGCAACCUAAGCCACCGGCGCCGUCAAAGCACCCGAAACAGAGGCCUCCGCCAAACGAUGAAAAGACCCGCGAAUCUCGAGAAGCUACUGAACCUUAUCACAAACCAACUCCUCCGCCUGAAGAUGCUGAGAUUGGAAGUAAGUGGAGGCCGUGGACACACUUGACUGAGUACGAGAUGUACAGGCUCCGGAAGAAGAUGAAGAAAAACCACGCCUGGGAGCCUAGCGAUGUUAUGAUCAGACGCGAGUUGGCAGACCGUGGUAGAGGAUGGGAAAAUUAUUACCGGGCAAAGGCAGAGGCUCAAGCGAAUGGAACUCGGUUCAUUGACAUCGAUAGCAUCGACAAACUGACACCGAAAGCCGAGAGACCAGACAAGCCGGAAAGUCUUGACCAGGUCGAAAGUGUGGAGAAGCCAGACACGUCAGACACGGUCGGAAAGAUUGAGGAGUUGGACGCCCCAUCGCAAGAGCCAGAGGUUUUGGAGAAGUUUGAAGAGUCUGCCACGCGCGCGAGUGGAACCCCUGCUCCGAAAGCCAAACCUUUAAGGAAAAGUGAAAAGAAAGAGAAGAAGCCUGACCCUGCGCGGUCCCAAGCAGCGCUCGCAGCCCAAGAGGCUGAACUUGCCGCCCGAAGACUAGGAGAUAUUGGUUCCAAAUUUCGCACUCUCUUCACAACUCCGUUUACCUCAGCCCUUGCGUCGCUGAGCCGAAGUGCCAGUACCCCAGUCGCCAACCGGCCAACUACGUCAGGGAAGAAAGGUGCGGAAAAGACGUCCAAGAAGAGAAAGGCAGAAGAUACACCAACUUCAUCACUCUCCCCGUCAGCGGAGCCAGAAGCUGCAAGGAAAAAGCAAAAGAUUGCGCCUAAGCCGUCGCCUCUCGCAGCCAGUCCCAUCCCAGUCGCAGCACCAACAUCCCCUGCCGCUACGAGCAGUGAACCUCCUCCUUCUACCAAUACAGGAACCAUUAAAAUUCCACUGAAACUUAAUGUGACGGCUGCGUCUGCGGCUCCAACUCCGGCAAUAGCCUCUGCCCAUGCAAGCAAGACACCAACCCCCGCGCCGAUGACCCGUGCUCCCAGUGUCCAGCGCAGCUCGGUCGCACCGAAACCAGAGAGCACACCGCCAGCAUCGACCACCACCUCCUCCCGACCUCCCUCGCGGCGCUCUGCAGCCGCGUCCGUGGAGCCCCAGCUGCCUGCAGCGAGAUCUACUAGCCGACGGGCGUCUAUGACACCUUCUCUCGUUGGAGGGCAGAAGACACCCGCGGCCGAGAAAGAAGCGCAAGGACCGAGCCCGAAAGCAGCAAUCAUCACAGUUCCCACGGCCGCGAGCCGCCGUAGUAAACGCGAUGCGCCUGGGAUGGUGACGCAGUCGAGUCUAGACGGAGGCGCUGCUGUGAGUGUGAGCAAGCGCAAGACCAAGCCUGCCAAGAAGACGUCGACAUCGUCCUCCACGGCCCAAACAAUACCCCAGAUCAGAAUUGACGUGGAUGGAAGGCAAGAAAUUGUGGAUCCGGACGAGGAGCGGUAUUGCCUCUGCGGGGAUUGUGACUACGGUCAAUGGUUCCACAUGGAAUGCGUAUCUCUGGUCGAGUUGCCUCCCCGGACUGUUAAAUGGUACUGUCCCGGUGAUAGGAAGAAACAUCAUAAAGGGGAAUCAACCAAUGGGCUCGUGGGGAGAGGGAUUAAGUGA